AUGGCUCGCCUGUCUGUUCCCACAAAGGCCAAACUUCCCUCUUCGCUCCGCGUCGAGUCCUCCAAUCCGGCCGUCAUCAAGAGCCUCGGCCGCCUCUCCCGCAGCUCUCUCAUCUCUCUUGCCCUCGACUGGCUUGACGAGAGCUCGCUGCCCAAUGCGGUGCCGUAUCUUGUACAAAGGCGAAACGACCAUGGCGAGCCUGACUCAGAUAAUGACGACCCCGACGAUCUCUACCCGCCGUGCCGCUCCCUCGAUGACCUGCGGGCGCUUUACACCGACAUGCAGACCCAAAAGGGCGCAAAACGCGACGUCGUCACCCGCAUACUAGAAGGAGACUGGCGUCACGGCUUGACCCUCUAUCAGCUCGCCAUGGUGGACUUCCAGCAUCUCGACCACCAUCCCACAUCUCAAAAAUGGACCGCCUAUGCCAUUCUGCCCUUGAAGCCCCCCUCCAAGGAUGCCAACGAGCAAGGGCUCAAGGCCGAUGAGAAGAGCCUGACGAUACCACGCUUUCACCCCUCAACCUUUCUCCAAAACUUUCAGCAGCAGCUUCUCCCCGACGUCAAGGCCCACUACCACUUCUACCGCCCAAAGCACUUCCCCGUCCUGCUGCUGCGCGUCUUCGUCAUAGACUCGCCCUACAACACAAACUUGGCGCUGACCGAUGCCGGGCCGGCCGCCAACUUCAGCUCCUCCCGCACUGUGUACCUGGCCUUCCCGGACGGCUCCCCGUCGCUCUACAUUACCAAGUCGCAGGCCACCGGUCCCGUGAGCCUUGGUGAAUCCAAGAGCCUUCGUAGCCUCAUCGUCAACGGGGUGCCCAAGGCGUUGUCACGACCGCGCGAGCGCUUCACCCUCAAGUCAACGAAUUUGAGCAGCAAAAACUUGGAUGCAUUGCUGGACAAGAGGGGCUCGGGCCGUGCUAACGCUGCCGGCGGGGGCUGGAGCAUCUACGCUGAUGAGAAAGCCCAAAAGUCACCCCUCGACCCUGUCCUCCCCGGCGCGCCAAUUGCCAAAAAAUCGUUAAAUGCCGAUCGUAGUCGAAAGAGACACGGAUCAUUGGCGACUGGUCCUCGCGAGGGAAAGCGGGCUAGACUCGUAGCCAAGGCUCGCUUCGGCGAUUCUGCAAUCGUUACAGAUGGAAAGGGUGUCGAGAAGGUUGAAAUAUUGGUGCAGGACCCUUUCCCUGCGUCCAAUGUGGCAGAGCCCCAAGGACUGGAUGACGCCGAUGAUGAGCAGCAGCCUCAGGAUCGGAGGCGAAGCAAGCUCGACGCUGCGCUUCGCCAGGCUCAGGCCGACGUAGAAGACAUCGAGGACGAAGCGGAUGCGUCUCGGUGGACGCCUGCAGUUAGGCUUUGCUUUCAAGGGUCGCACGUCUUCGCGGGCCUACGGCAGCUUGUCGAGGCUGGCAUUGUGGAUGGCGAACGGAUGCCUGGGUGGAUGACUGGAGAGGAGGGGGUCACCACCGGCGCGCUCAGGCAUGGCCGUAUACGAGGGCACAAAGGUUCAGGGUUAUGA